AUGGGCCAACCGUCCCCGGUCUCUUUCAUAGUCUAUGAGCAGGCCACCGAUGUACGGAGUAUCCAGGCUUCUCUAACAUCGAAGUACCUGAUUCGCAGAGAUCCUUUCAGUCGGAUGAAGUCCGGGGGCAAACACCCACGAUUUCCCCACGAUUUGAUUGUGGGGAAGUUCUCAGCGCCGGAUGUCGGCCGGCUGCUCGAAGAACUUCUAGCCUUAAAAGCAGAGAUCCCACUAGUGAAAUCUGAUACAAUGUCUGCCCCUAAAGGACCUUUCCGCCUCGUCACUGUCAACACUGCUCCCGAGAGAGCCAAGCGGCUUAUCGGCCGGAUGGUCGAGGCUCUUAAGGACCGGUAUACCAUCAUCUACGAGGCAAACUGCGAAACAAUCGAGGAAGUCGGACCCAAGGUGGAGGCGUUAAUGCCUGAUGUUCUGUUCAGUGCUUCUAUGUGGACCGAUGAGCAGGCGCAACAGAUUCGCUCCAUUGCGAGAGGAAUCAAACCUGACAUUAAGACCCAUGCCAUCCCCGAAGGAUUGCAAGUAGAGCGGGGUCCUGACGCUAUCGUUGAAUAUCUCUGCGAGAAGGUCCCACCUCUUUUGGAUGCUUAA